UUGCCUGUCUGUCUGAAAUCCAAAAAUAGGUCAAAUUUGCCAAUAGUUCCGUAUUACGACUUUACCUUGUUUAUAACCGUAUAUCGCGAUUUGAUCGGUUGUUUCGGUAGGAGGGUUGUGUUGAAGUUUUGAAUUGAAUAAGUUGUUUACUGUUUUAUAAGUUAUCCGAAAGCGUAUUUUUUUUUUUUUUUUUUUUUUUUUUUUUGCAGUCCUUCAAUUCAGAUUGUCAUGCCAUUUGAAUUCAUAAAGCUCGCGGCCGCGUUCGUCUUAUUUUAGUAUAAUAGCUUCUAACUAUUAAGUUCUGCUUGUUUACCAUUCAGUAAGAUUUGCGGAAGGAAAAUAUCAUGGCUGCAGAUCGGAUAAAAACUAUAUACCGUCAUUUAAAUCCUGAAGUUCAGCCUGUCACAGAAAUGUAUGCCUUUGGAGUACAAAAUCCAAUCAAGGCUGUUGUUCAGAAAAGUAAACACUCUGAAACACCAAAGCCAUCUCGCCCAAGGCAGUUCAGAUACACAAAUGACUCCUGCAAACUUUCCCGGAGAACAAAGAUUAUUUUAUGAGGACAAUGGAUUCUUAAUUAUACCCAAGCUUGUUCCAUUAGAGUGUCUUGAAAGAUACAGGCAGCGCUUUCAAGAAAUUUGUGAUCAAAAAAUCAAAAUUCCUGGAAUGACUGUUAUGAAAGACAUUUCUUUCAGUAAGAGUAGUCCAAAUGAGAGAGUCGUUAAUAAGAUUCAAGAUUUUGGAUUUGAUGAAAUUUUAUUUGAGUAUUGCAAAUUGCCUCAGAUUCUUGAUUAUGUUGAGUGUUUCUGUGGUCCUAAUUUCAAGGCAGUGCACACAAUGCUAAUUAACAAACCACCUGAUGCAGGUACCUUGACUUCACGUCAUCCUCUUCAUCAAGAUUUGCACUACUUUCCAUUUAGACCAGCUGAUAAAAUUGUAUGUGCAUGGACCGCUAUGGAAAAAGUCAACCGUGAAAAUGGGUGUUUAGUUGCCAUUCCAGGAACUCAUAAAGGGGAAUUACUUCAUCAUGAUUAUCCAGAUUGGGAGAGUGGAGUAAACAAAAUGUACCAUGGAGUGUCACACUUAGAGAAAAAUGAUAUGCUUAGAAGAGUUUACUUAGAAAUGGAAGCUGGUGAUACAGUAUUUUUUCAUCCUGUGCUUAUUCAUGGAUCUGGAGCAAACAGAACAAAUGGAUUCAGAAAGGCCAUAUCUUGCCAUUAUGCUGCAUGUGAAUGUGAUUAUAUUGAUGUAAAAGGUACGUCACAAGAAAAUAUAGCUCGGGAAGUUAUAGAAAUUGCAAGAAAAAAAGGUGUUGAAAUUGAUGAUGUUAAGUAUGUUUGGCAAUUUAAAGGACGCUUGGUACGAGGAGUUGAAGUGACUUUGUGAUAUGGAAGAUGAUCCUCUUGAAUUUGUGAUUUCUUAUUUAACAUUAUCUUGAAUAUAAAUAGUCAAAUAUGCCAAAGUGUACAUAUAAAUAUACAAUAUGUAAGUGUAUGUAUUAAGAAUGCAAUCAAAAGAAUUUUAUUGGAUGUUAAUGCAACAUUUCAUUCAUAAUUUUGAAUGAAACAGUGUGAUGUUCUUAUACUAAUUUUGUAACUACAUGUUUUUGUGUACAAUAAAAUAUACUUUUUUAGUCAAUUUCAUAGAAUAAUGUAAAGAAGCUUUAAAUAUUUUAUGUAUUACAUGUAAAGAUAAAAGUGUUUUAUUAAUAAUAAUAAAUUCUAGUCGAGCAAAA